GUAAAACCAUCCAUGGCGGGGCGACCUUUCUCUUUCCAAUUCUCACAAAGUCGAUACAUUAAAGCUGGUAGUUUAAUCUACAGGUUUAAGAUCAGAGGAGGAAGCAGCUUUAGUGAAGAUGAAGUUUUGAAGGAUGAAGGCUUCGAUCAACAAAUGGAGGAAAUUGUUCGAACAGUUCUUGCUGCUUUGGACUGCCUUCAGCCCUUCUCCACUCCGCAUUAUAAUGUUUUUCCAUAUAAAAAAAGAUGCAGGAAAUUCUGCAGACACCACCAGAGGAAGCUGUUAAUUUACCCCUUCGUCAUUAUCAUCUACCUGCAGAAGAAAAAAAGGCUCGGGGAGAUAACACAGGAGACAAAACAGAGGCAGCUCCCUACUGUCUUUGAUGAGCCGAGGCCAGAGUGCAGUUGCAGGAACUCAACGCUAGAGGAGGCCAUUAUUGAAGAAAUUUUCAGAGACAUGGGGACUGGAGGUACUUUCUCAGUAGCAGGCAAGAAAAGGAUGAACCAUCCCCACACAGUGAAGGAGGCAGUGGAUGAUUCAGCACCCACUGAUGAGCCUCAGGCUGAACAGUGCACACCAGAGAAACAGAGGAUGACCGGGAACCCCGGGAUUCUAAAGCGACUGGUCAGAAACAUCCUCCCAUUCAUCUUCAGACCUCCUGAGAAUUAAGACUUUUAGGGAUGUUUUUAGUGACUGUUAUAGUGAUUGGUUCAGAUGAAAUUCAUUCUUG